UACCUUGUUCAAAUCAAUUAACAGAAAAUAGGAUCUUCACUUCACAGAAGCGUAACACGAUCUCAUGUAUACAGUACAGUGAUUCGAAUCAACAACAGACCGAUUCGCGCCGCGCUGCAGUUGUACGGUCAAAUAAUAGUACUCCUUUGCUCCAUAUGUCUUUCUGUGCGGGAAAGGGUAACUGGUCUGAUUAGCCCCUUUCCGUUUAGCCCCCAACCAAAAGUCGAUUAAGCCCCAUUCACGCUCAAAGAACGAGAAAUAGACAGUGUUUUGACCUCUAGUUGGGGGCCAACUGACUGGGGGCUAAACGAACGGAUAACUGAGGAUACCUCGGAAACCUCAGGAUACCUCCCCGAGAAAGAGGUACAUUCAAUUGUACUUGCAGCGCGGGCUCAUAUUCGCCCUUUCAGACUUCACACCAGUCUCUCUCGAUCACUCUAGAAAACAUGGCGUCCAACUUGGUUUGGAAUCGAAUGCGGACUAUGUUCAGGACCUACCUUGCUUUGGAAGAACACAUCUUAUACAACCUUGGGCUCAUUUGUGGUGGUCAAAACUUCCCAAACGCCGCUUUGCUAGGGAACAUGCCUCCCUCUAUCGAAUCAGAUGGAAACUUGGACACAAAACACGACGGCUUUCUGUUGAUGGCCGUCCCCAAAAAGAAGACUACGCCGCACAAAAAGAAGAUAAGAAAUCGACACAGGCAGCUCAAAAACAGAACAGACAUCGAGAUAUGUGCAAUCUGUGGAAAUCACAAGCUCGAGAAUCAUUUGUGUGGACACUGCGUGGAAAGAAUCAAGGAAGAGACAAAGAAGGUUCGGAAGGAGAGAAACGAGGACAGUAUUGAAUGGCCCAUACCGGACAUCUUGAAACAGUUCAGGACCUAGCGACCGAUUGGCGUUUUCAAGGGCGAGAGGACUAUUUGUCAAAGUGAUACUUGAUGACGUGGAAAGUGUUCGAGUUUCAGGGAAUGUAAAUCUUGGGUCACGCAGGAGUUUUUGGUAGAAUGGAAAUAAUAUGAGUUUAGCCAGAAAUGCGAUUAAAAGUCUGUUUUAUGUUUCUCUUA